UUUUUAUUGACUUCCAUAAUAUGUAUAGUGUAAAAUUUAAAUUCAUAGUGUACAAAUAAUACCAUUAAACCAAUUCCAUAACCCCUAACCCGGUAUGUUUUUGUGUUUGAAGAAGUUUCACUUCAGUGGCGUGUUUUAUAAUUACAUGUUGUAUUUUUUUAUUAAAAAUGGUGGUGUACUUUUUCCCUUUUUGAGCAUACAUACAUAGGAGGUUUAUAUGUAGUGCCAAAUAAACAUAAUAUUUUUGCGAUGACAAUAAAGUUUCGUAACUUAAACAAUGUGUUUGUUUCGCUCCCUAAUCUGUAAAAAAUUAUUUGAAAGUUGUUACGUACUCGUGACAUGGUUAUUUACAAUAUGCUUAUCUAAAAAUAUCUGUACACAAAGGUAUUUAAAUCAUAUGUAUGAACAAUAUACUAAUUGACAUUUGUUGUAGAUACUGAUAAUCACAAGUCUACGUGAAUAUCGCUUCCCUGUUGUUUAUGACACUAAUUCCGAAAUUCGCUUCAGUAUUGUCAUAGCAUCUCUGGAUUUUGAAAUAUCCUAAUCUCAAAUUCCAAAAAAAUUGAUUUUUUGACCCUUUUAUGAGGAUUGCUACGCGAAAUAAAAGAACUAAAUAAUCAGGAGGCUAGUCAUUCUCGACUUUUACCACUAAAUUACAAUCUCACGUUACAAUUACACCAGCGCAUUAAAAUUUUCACAUAUCAUAGCUUAAAAAUCCGAAUGAUUAUAAUUUAGCUUGAUUGGUUUUGAGAUUACAAUAUCUCGAAAUUUCAACGUAUUAAAACUUUUCUGGGGACACAUUUAAGUGCGCAAUUGAAAAAUAAAUUGAUAAUUAUUACAUUGUUUUCAGAUUGUUAUUUUAGUUACUCAUGGUCGUGUCUUCGAAAAAGAGAACUUGUAAAAGAGCACACUAUCACACUGAACCACUAAAAUAUUAAAAUUUGAGAAUAUCGUUAUGUCAAACUCAAACAAGUCAAAUUAGCAUCAUAUAAAUUUUUGAAUAAAAAUAUUUCAGUUUUAAUGGAUUAGGGAAAGUAUUAAGUCAAAUUCUAAUUCAGCAACAAAUGUCACCUCGAAAAUGACUACUUUCUUGAUUGCUUUAUCUUAUUAGUUCAUGUAAAAAUCCUUUCAAAAAAGCCAAAAACUACAUUUCAUUGCGUCUUAAAAUUAGGAUAGUUAUCUAUCUAAUAAUUUUGACGCGGUAAAUGAAUGCCAUUUUGUUUCUAUUCAUUUUCAAUAGUUCAUUUUCUUGACCUGUAUAUUCCAUUCAAAUUUUAUAAAAUAAUGAAAUGAAAAACUUGAGAAAUCCGUGAACUAUCUUAAUUUCCCUACCACACAGUACAAAGAACGACCUGCUUUUUCCCCAUAGCUUUCCUCGUUCAUUUUUUCGAUAAUCUGAAGGAACGACUUGAACAAUUACGAAAAUCCUAAAAUGUCGUUUCUUAGUUAUGUACUCACAAAAACAAAAUAUAAAAGCCAAGAUUAUAAAAAACAUAAUUAGAUUAAUUAAAAAGUUUUUCACCGUCAAUACUCUCAAAACGACAAACUCAGGAACAAGCAAAUAUUUUCAGCGUUUCGUAACUGCUUGCUUUCGUAUUAUCUCUAGAUAUGGACGCUUCAAACUGAAUACAUACAAUCAGUCGAAAUUAACAUUUCUGAAACCUUUUGGUUUUUUAAGCACGUCGUGUAAAAAUUUCCUUAACAGUAAAAUUUAAACUGACCCAUUUGUUCAGUAAAAAAACAUACGGAAACAAAAAAGGACGUAUUUUAUUGUAAGCAAAUUCAAUCACUUUUUUCAUCAAUAUGUAUUUUGACAUGUCUGUCACUAAUAUUAUAACAAGCCAGUUUAUUUUAUUGUUCUUAGGUUUUGUCCUAAAUGAUUCCUACUAGAAAUGUAAAUAUCAUUUUCAGAAGAAAAAUGAUAGGAGAUGUUAUAAAAAUACCCAUACGUUUGUCUACUAGUUUUCAGCGUAGCGUAUGUCCCAAAGAACCCACAAAACCCUCUGUUCACUUACCUUUUCCAGGUCCUAAAUCGCAAGAGUUAUUUAAAGAGUUAAACCAAAUUCAGCAAGCAGAGUCUGUACAAUUGUUCGCAGAUUAUGACAAAAGCAUAGGAAAUUAUCUAGUUGAUGUGGAUGGAAAUGUGUUACUAGACUUGUAUACACAAAUAUCAUCACUUCCAUUGGGCUAUAAUCAUCCCAAAUUACUUAAAAUAUUCUCGGAUGAUCACAAAAUUAGAACUCUAAUAAACAGACCUGCUCUGGGUGUCUAUCCAGGCGAAGACUAUCCAAGGAUGCUUAAAAAUGUCCUCCUUAAGGUAGCACCGCCUCAAAUGUCAAAUGUUGUAACAAUGAUGUGUGGAGCUUGUUCGAAUGAGAAUGCAAUGAAGCACAUGUUUAUUUCUUAUCAACGGAAAAUACGUGGAAAUGACACAGACUAUACGGAAACGGAAAUGAAAACCAGUAUUACCAAUUUACCACCAGGUUGUCCAGAGCUUUCGAUUCUUUCAUUCUAUGAAUCAUUUCAUGGUAGAACAUUGGGAGCUUUAAGCGUCACCCAUUCGAAAGCCAUUCACAAACUUGACUUUCCGGCAUUCGAUUGGCCCAUUGCUCAUUUUCCAAAAUACAAAUACCCGUUGAAUGAAAACAUGUGCGAAAAUGACAAGGAAGACGACCGAUGCCUUGCAGAAGUCGAAGAAUUAAUAGAAAAAUAUCGAAAAAAGGGAAAACCGGUAGCAGGAAUUAUUGUUGAACCAAUUCAAGCAGAAGGAGGAGAUAAUGAAGCGUCGCCAAUAUUUUUCCAAAAAUUACAAUUGAUUGCAAAACAAAAUUCUGCUUCUUUAUUAAUUGAUGAAGUGCAGACAGGAUGUGGUGUGACAGGAAAGAUGUGGUGUCACGAAUACUUCAACUUGCCUACUCCUCCUGACUUGGUAACCUUCAGCAAAAAAAUGCAAGUCGGUGGCUACUAUCAUACUGCGGAGAUGAAACCAUCGUUAUCAUACCGAAUUUUUAACACAUGGAUGGGAGACCCUGGUAAAUUACUGAUACUAGAAGAAGUUUUGAAUGUUAUGCAGCAAGAAAAAUUAAUAGAAAAUGUCAAUAAGGUUGGUAAGAAAUUGAUGAAUGAACUUUUUCAUCUGCAAUAUGAAUUUCCCAGCGUGAUUAAUUCUGUACGGGGCCGAGGAACAUUUUUAGCUUUCAAUGCUGCUGAUAGUAAAAUGAGGCAGAAACUGAUUUUAAAGCUUCAAGAACUAGGAAUAAAUAUUGGAGUUUGUGGUGAACGCUCUAUAAGAUUAAGGCCAGCCUUAACAUUUCAAGAACGCCAGGCUUCCAUGUUUUUAGACGCAUUGCGAGGUGCUAUUACGUUAGUGCUUGCCUAAAACUUUAGUGUACUAAACCGGAAAGCCGAGAAGGACAAACUUACUAAAUAGUUAUUUUUUAUAAGUGACAUACUCUUUAUUGUAUAUCUAUACGUACUGUUUGCUGUUUGAUUAGAAAAAGAAAUUUUGUAUUACAUUAAGAAUGGUUAUGAAGAAAGCCUCCUGCAUUCCUUAUUUUUCAUAAUCGUCUUAACACAUACGUAUUACGUUACAGUUAAUAAGCGAAAUCAGUCAAUUUGCAUAAUAACCGGAUAAUGUUCUAUACCUUUUAUUUUUACUUCUUAAAGGAUAGGUUAUGGUUGAGA